CGAGUACUUGGAGUGUCUGAUUAUCCAGGCCUGGAGAAUGGACAUGGAGGGUGUUCUUCUCGGAUUCCUGUUCGGAUCGAUGCGGCCUGGUCAUCGCCAACCAAUCGCCCUAGAGCUUACGGUCCCACUCGCGCAGCUAGCCGACGAUCUCCCCCUGGAGAUUGUCUCACAAAGUGACGAGAGCCCGGUCCCGCACGUCCUCACGCGGACCUUGACGCCGUAUCUUCAGUGGUCAGUGUGCCUGGAGGAGCCAGGAAGCGACCGCAAUCCGCCAUCACAACGGGAUUAUUUGAGCUCGUGGGAGAUCAUCGAUCCCGCCUACUUCCGGGAUCGAAUGGCCACCGAAGAUGAGGCGAUAGCGGUUGAAGAAGAAGAAGAGGAGGAGGACGACGAGGAAGAAACUCCCGAAGAGGGGAGUUAUAGCGAACACAGCGAAGGGGAGCAAAGUGAGGAAGAGGAAGAAGAUGAACAAGACGACGAAGAGGAGGAGCUAGAGUUGGAGGAGUCGGCGUGGGAGAUCUCGGCGGAGGAAGGAAAGCAAGCAGGCGCACAGACAGAAGACCCCGAGGCGGCACGCAAGAGAGAAGAGAUCGCGGCCGAAAAACGACAGCUGGAGUUCGCCAGCGGAGCCAAUCAGCAGGUUGCCGACAAUCCGGCCCGAGACCCAGAGCCGCCCAAGCCUGAGGAUGGGGACCCAACUGCUAAGACUUCGACCGCACCAACAAGGCGGCGACGAAGCCGAUCCCCCUCCCCCUCCACCCUCGACUGUCCACCAGUUCGAGUCCUUACUGAUGCGGGGCAUCGGGCUUCGUCCCCGGUCGUUAUCCCGCCGUCCCCUUGACCAUCUCACCCUCCGUCAGGCUACUACCAGCAUUGUCUUCCCCCGCAAUACCUUCCCCUUCGACACCUUCCGCUUCUUCUAUGCCACCCAUCUU